AUGAUUGAGAGUAAAGACAAAAUAAAUCCGACUCCAUUAUCGCCAUUACAAGUGCAUUAUUUAAAAAAGGAACUUAUUUCUCGGCAAAUAAAAACCGAAAUCCAAUCACUCUCACAAUAUGGUGCUUUAAAAAAUUUAGGCCCACCAUUUGCCGAUAAAGAUUGCGUGGAAAGCGAUACCCCAUUUUUACGCUUCAUAUUUAUUCGUUUCGUACUCACAUUUCCGUUUCUUCAAAAAGCCGAUAAUACUUUUUGGUCUAAAUUAUCAGAAUUCUUGGAUGAAUUUGCUAAAAAGAAUAUUAGUUCUUCUUCUACAAGAGAUGAAAGAACUAAAAGAAAGAAAUUGGGUGAAAACAUCGUCAAUGAACUUACAUUAUUACUUAACGCUGGAAUAAAAACAACUGCUGGAAAAGACGAGUCAAUUAAAGUUGAUUUUACUGGUGCUUAUGAAAAUCGUAAUCAAAAAUUAUUAGAUGAUUUGUCAUGUACCAUUAAUGGAUGGAAUAUUAAUGUUGUGUCCGUGAGGACUAUAUGGGAGAAACAUCGGAUUCGUGAACAUGCUCAUUCGGAAUAUAUCAUUCAAGCAAAGCGUCAAAAUUUCAAUGAAAUUAUUUUCGUUGCGAGACGUUACAAAGAUUUUACAAUUAAAGAUCAAAAAUCUUCGACUUUUAAUAAAUCUCAUACAGCAUCGGAUGAACUUUCUUCUAACGGUUUAUACCAGCAUGAGAAGAAUCGUCAAAAUUUACGCGCAUAUCUACGUUCCCUCCUUUCCAUUAGAGAAAUUGCCAGAUCAAGAACAAUGUGGGUCUUCUUAACAGAUUCAUCCCUUACUUUGAACGAGGAUGAAAAAAGAGAUAUAGAGAAAAGACGAGAAUUGGAUUCAAUUAGAGAUGAACAACAAAAAAGAUUUAAUGAAGAGGCAGAAAAACGUGCCAAAGAACUCGAACAACAUGUUUCGGAAUUCAAGCAAGAGGUCAUGAAUUCAGGUGGAUUAUCUAAGGUAAUUUAUACUAUCCAAGAGACUCCAAACGCUUCCAACUUACCAAAAACAUAUCAAAAAAUUAUCGAAUGGGGCGAAAUAGGUAGUAGUGAGACCCUGGCACAGCUUAAACGUACACAUAGUUUAAUGCCAUAUAAAACUAUUCGGGCCAUAAUGAAAAUAUCAAAUCCUUUAGUGAUAAUGAGGGGAAUAUUAGACUUAUUUCUUGCACAACCUUUCGGACAAAAAAGCUUGGUCCAAAGGAUCCUUUCAAUGAGUAUGACCGAAGAUCUUAAAGAAAUUGGCAAAGAUAUUAAAAUUAUCGAAGAGGAAAUAAAUGAUGAUGGAGUAUGUGAAAAAUUACGGAAUUUUGUAUAUUCUCCUAGUGAACUUCAGACUGCCAUAAUGAAAGAAGCGAAAGAUGAACACAUCAAUGCUAUCAUCAUCGCAAUAUUACAUACGAAGCUUUUAACACCAGAUUUAAAGAACGUACAAGUAGCGAGAUUUGUUGGAAGCAUUAACAGUAUUAGGAUUGAUAAUACAGAAUUAUUAAGCAAUUUAAAGAAAUUAUUCUUUUUCUAUGUUCGUCAAAGAGACAAAAAAAUGAUGAUUGAUUUACUGUUUCAGGGCAUUACUGGUGAUCUCUUGAAAGACAUCAUCAUCGUCUUCUAUGAGCCAUUGGCAAAAGUAUAUAAAGCCGCAAAUAUAUCCGAUACUUUAUCUGACCUUUCGGAAUUUUUGGAUGAUUUAAUUAAUGUUGUCGAAGAAGCUGAUCUAAGAGGUGUUAUGUAUAGUCCGGCUGAAUCGGUUGUCCAAAUAUUUGUGUCGCUGGUGCAUCGACAUAUUCCAAGGUUUUAUUCUUUCGUUCAUUCAGUGUAUUCACACGACUCAACGGGCUUAUUCAAUUCAUUCCUUAAAUGGAUUGAAUCUGUUUUUAAUUUUAUACGUGAUGGAUUAACCGAACAAAUAGAUGUACAACAAUUAAUUGACACGGUGUUGACAACUGAAGAGCGAGACCUUCUUUCAACAGAAUUAGAUAAUUUAAUGAGGUUGAAAAUUGAAAUGGACAAACACGAAGAUGAUGACGACGACUCGCAAGGUUCUGAUUCAAGUUCAAAUUCAAUGAUGGAUAUUAACCAUAAGAGGGAAUUCCCUGAAUUAAAAGUUAUGCCAAAAUUAUUAUCUCCAUUCGUAAACGAAGGACCUUCUGGUCUUAUUUUCGCUCUUACUUUGUCUGAAAUUAUUGUUAACAAUCAAAUUUCGGGACAAAUUCUUAUUUAUCACGAAGAUUAUAAAACUCGCAAUUCUAAAAAUCAGCUUUUUUUGGUCAAUGAAGCUGAAUUUUCGCGUCUUCCGCAAAGCGUUCGUGAUUACUUAUCUCAUGCAGCGGUCUUCAAGGAAUUUUUUUCAGGCCAACAAACUGCAUAUUUCAUGGAAGAAUUCGAAGACAAGCUUUUGGAAAUGAUUGCAAAACUCGAUGAAAAUGUACAACUGGUUCACGAAAGAUUUGAACCUGCAUGUGCCAGUCGAUAUGAUUUGCUGGUUCUCGCAGAUGGUAAUAUUAACUGCGACAAUCACCAGUUCGAAAAAGAAGCAGUUUCCAAAAAUUAUGAACUAGAAAUUAAGUUUGGUUUCAAAAAUCUUUCGCAAAAUAACGAAAUGGAAGCCUUAUCUUUAAUCCAAACCAGAUAUUUGAUACAAUUUCAGCAAGAUAAUCAAAGUAUUAUUAAAGUAAAUCUAUCGAAAUCUGAAUACGAUAGUAUCGAACCAAAUCCAAGUUUGGAUUCGGUAAAGAAUAAUCCUUGGCUUAUGAAUAUUAUAAGAGAUGGAUUUAAAUUCUUUGGAGUUGAUAACGAUAACUUGAUUUCGGUUUCAAAAAGCUCUGAUGACCUGUUAGUAACUAAAGAAUUUUAUAAAAAUAACCAAAAAUGUGAUCAAAAUGAAAGUUUCGUAUGCGUUAUUGGUGAUGCGGCAUUUAACUGCAAAUCUUGGCAAAAUCGAAGUAAAUGCAAUAUUGCAAUAUUAUCAGCAGUAACGUUAGCUGAGAAACUCAUCGUCGAGCAAGUUUUAUUUGAAUUUACUCGUAAAAAUCUCGAUAGAUUUUCCAAUGCAAUGUUAAACAUUCAACAAGAUUUCGUUCAACAACUUCGUCUGACAAAUAUGGAGGAUACACUUUUCAGGGUAAUCCACGGUAUCAUUGAUAAGUACAACAAAAAAUGUUCAAGUGAACAAGUAAAAGUUUUGUCAUCUGUCGAUUCCUUCAAUUUUAUAACAAUUCUAGAAGAGUAUCCUCAAUUGUUUAAUAUCGAUCAAACCCCUGAUGAUAAAAAGAUUCUCAAAGAAUUAAGAGAAGACUAUACCAAGAACGUUGUUUUGGCAUCUCUUUCUCCAGCCCCACAAAAUUUAUAUAACUUGCUUACUCAAAAUAAUCCAGAUUCAGAUGAACCUUUUGUAACUUAUAUUAGAGCAUACAAUCAGGUUCUUGCAUUCACAUCUUUAGGUGUAAACCUUGACAAGGAACUUGCAAAUGCUAAAAAAGGAGUUUACACAUUUAGGAUUCAAGGAGCAUUAUAUCAUCAGAUUGGCGGUCUAAUGCCAAGAUAUAAUGAUGAAAAACCUUUAUUUGCUCAGAUUUACUUUUUUGAUUCAAAUAUGGAUAAUCAACUUCAAAGAAGACAAGAAAUGAUUCCAAAUUUGAAUGCCGACAUGCUCAAAGCAUUACAGGAUGAAUUAAACACAAUCAAUCCAUUUGUCCAUCAAUUUGUAACUGCAGGUGCAAAGGCAAAAAUAGAAUCUGAUAAUUCUCAUUGGAGAAUG